GGUGAGCUUAUUUUAAUUGCAUUUUAUCCCACGCGCUUCAGACAAACGCAAAAGCAUGUUGCAGCGUAAUACCCAGCGAGUGGCUGUCGAGCGUUCCCAAAGGCUCAGUGCUCGACGCCACGCGCCCAUUAGCCGACGACAUGUCGUGAAGCCUGUUUGCUCCGCAUCUGCUGAACCUGUGUCGACCCUGGCGCCCCAGGACUUCGUGACACUCGCGGGCGGUGUGACCGUGCCUGUACUCGGAGUGGGCGCCUGGUCCUGGGGCGACCGCAGUGGCUACUGGGGCUAUGGUCGGGAGUACGGCAAGGAGGAGAGCCGCGCCGCAUACAAGGCGAUGAUCUCCCGCGGCCUCACGUUCAUCGACACCGCCGAGGUGUACGGCUUCGGCAAGAGCGAGGAGUUCCUGGGUGAGUUCCUGCGGGAGCAGGCACCGGACCUGCCGCGCCCGGUGGUGGCGACCAAGUUCGCGCCGCUGCCCUGGCGCUUCACGGCCGCCAGCGUCACGGCGGCCGCCAAGGCCAGCCUGGGGCGCAUGGGGCUCUCCAGCAUGGGGCUGUACAUGCAGCACUGGCCCGGCUACGGCCCGCAGUACUUCUGCAAUGACGCCUACCUGCAGGGCCUGGCGGACUGCAAGGACCAGGGGCUGUGCCAGGCGGUGGGUGUGUCCAACUUCAGCGCCGCCCGGGUGCGCGGCGCGGUGAAGCUGCUGAAGGCGCGUGGCGUGCCCCUGGCCUCCAACCAGAUUCAGUAUAGCCUGCUGUACCGGGCGCCCGAGUCCAGCGGUGUGCUGGAGGCAUGCCGCGAGGCGGGCGUGAUGCCGGUGGCGUACAGCCCUCUGUGCCAGGGCCUGCUCACAGGCAAGUACUCUGCCUCGGGCGCCAAGCCCAGCGGCCCGCGCGCGCUUGUGUACGGCGAGCGGCGCCUAACCGAGGUGGCGCCCGUGAUUGAGGCGGUGCGGGCCAUCGCUACCGAGCGGGGCAAGUCUAUGGCGCAGGUGAGCCUGAACUGGUGCAUCUGCAAGGGCACGCUGCCCAUCCCUGGAGCCAAGAACGCCAAACAACUGGAGGACGUGGCGGGCGCCCUGGGCUGGAGGCUGAGCGAGGGCGAGAUUGCGGAGCUGGACCGGGUGUCAGCCAAGAUCCCGCUCGGACAGGGCUUCCCCGUGGAGAACUGGUGAUCGAGCUGCGGCGGCGGCGGCGGCAUGCUGGGAGAAAGCGCUCAGGGCGUCGGCGCAAGGUUGCGGCGGAAGCAGAAGCUUAAGGGCUACGGUACGCGGCCCAGUGCGGCCCUGCUGUAGGAGAGGGGGCAGUGCUGAAGUGCUUUUGGAAUGGAGGUCAUGGUAUUGAUGUAUCGAUGACUAUGAUAGGACGGCAGUUUCGAGGUGUAGGUGAGGGGAACGUGUCAGCGAGCCAAUGAUUGUGAUUACCUCAAGGGUAUGUGCAAACGUGAAUCCGGUCUACUUGAGCCGUAUUUUACAAUAGAGCCAAUAUGCGGCGGGUGUUGCUAGCAGCCGCGGGGCUCGGUACCACAGCCGCGGGCGCAACAUGGCUGUACGUUCAGCCAACGUAUACAUCAUGUCCCUCCAAACACGAACCUAUAUCUGUAGAGCAAUGCGCGCUAAUGCGCUCUGUCGG